GUCGCAUGGAGCGGGCGAUUGUUGGAGGCGUGCGGCAGAGCGGCAUCAAGUGCUCGGCCUUCUUCAUCCUCGGCAGCCCGUUCGCAGUCGACGCAUUGUGGACAUUGUCGCCGGCUGCCGCAGCGCGCAUCGAGCGAUCAGGAGCAGCGUGAAGGUCGAAGCUUUGCAGGGCGCAGCAGCAGCAGCAGCAGCUAUGGCGGCCUCCGUUGCCACCGGGUCCGUCUGCAAGGCAGCGGCCUCCCUGGCCGUGUCGAGCAGCUCCUUCUCCGGCCAGACCGUGCAGAAUGUGUCCGUCUCCAAGGCUUUCGGCCUCAAGGCCGCAGGCUCGCGCGUCACCUGCUCCGCCGCUGAGGACUUCGUCCAGAAGUGUGCCGAUGCUGGCAAGAUUGCUGCCGUCGCUCUCGCCACCUCUGCCCUCGCCGUCUCUGGCGCGAAUGCUGAGGGAUUCCCCAAGAGAUUGACCUUCGACGAGGUGAACUCUCAGACUUACCUCGAGGUGAAGGGAACCGGUCUUGCCAACCAGUGCCCCAUCAUUCGGGGAGGACAAGAUGGAUUCAAAUUCAAGGCCGGAGACUACACCAUGAAGAACCUGUGCCUCGAGCCGACCUCAUUCGUCGUGAAGGCCGAGGGCCCACUCAAGGGAUCGGGUGAGGGCUACCAGAACACCAAGCUCAUGACCAGGUUGACAUACACCUUGGACGCCGUGGAGGGACCAUUCUCAGUGGGCACAGACGGAAGCGUGAAGUUCACAGAGAAGGACGGAAUCGACUACGCCGCUGUCACCGUGCAGCUGCCAGGAGGCGAGAGGGUGCCAUUCCUCUUCACCAUCAAGGAGCUCGUCGCCAGCGGAACCCCAGACUCAUUCGGGGGACCCUUCUUGGUGCCUUCCUACAGAGGCUCGUCAUUCUUGGACCCGAAGGGACGAGGAGGAUCGACCGGUUACGAGGAUGCCGUCGCCCUGCCCGCCGGAGGUCGUGGUAUGGAGGAUGAGCUCGCCAAGGAGAACAACAAGAACACCGCCGCAUUGCAGGGCAACAUCACCUUCAGCGUAGCCAAGAGCGACCCAUCGACCGGAGAGGUGGCAGGAGUGUUCGAGAGCAUCCAACCAUCUGACACUGAUUUGGGCUCCAAGGCGCCCAAGGAGGUGAAAAUCGAGGGUAUCUGGUACGCUCAGCUCGACUAGAUUCACAGGUCUCGUGGGCCAUGGUAGCCUUCGACGGGAGAACGCCCGCCGUGUAUAUGAUUUUGAAUGUGUCCAUAUUAAAUUGACUAGGAUGAUGAGUGAGGUCCUGAUCAUUCUACACUCAUGUACUCAAAGUUAGUCCCCCCUGCCCUCCCUUCCUUCGAAUAGAGGGUUCCUAUUGCCAUCCGAGUUCGUUGGCGAGAUUUGUUGACAUUUCAAGUAAUGCACCUCCGCACGCCGUUUCAGCUGUCAUCCGCCGCUUGUAUCCUAAGAUCCUAAUCAAAUUUCAUAGUGCUUGAUGGCAAAUUUUGUUCC